AACCCAGAGUUGCGCAGCGAACAUUGACCCUUCUUUCCUGGUAAGGGGAAUCUGGAAACCAAAAUAUCAAAAAUUCUCUUGGGUUGCAAAUGUACGUUUGGAUGGCUCAAUUGGUUAGAGCAUCACCACCACCAGCCACAUCACUCUGCUUUCAUCCAAAACUAUUUUCUCCAUUCCCCAGAACCAGGAUGGCAGUCAAUCCCACCAACACAUCACCUUCCUUCAACUCCAGGAAGCUUCCGAUUUUGCUGUUUGACAUCAUGGACACCAUUGUUCGUGACCCUUUUUACCAUGACGUCCCUGCCUUCUUCGGAAUGUCUUUGAAGGAACUAAUUGAAUGCAAGCAUCCAACUGCAUGGCUUGAGUUCGAAAAUGGGGUGAUUGAUGAGGAGGAGCUAGAAGGAAAAUUCUUUAAAGACAGAAGACCUUUUGAUUUGCAAGGCCUCAAGAAUUGUAUGAGAAGAGGAUAUUCCUACAUAGAUGGAGUUGAGCAGUUGCUUCUGGACUUGAAGCAAAACAAUUAUGAAAUGCAUGCUUUUACAAAUUACCCAAUCUGGUACAGAAUAAUCGAAGACAAGUUAAACAUUUCAAAGUAUUUAUCCUGGACAUUUUGUUCGUGUAUGUAUGGAAAGAGGAAGCCUGAUCCUGAUUUCUAUUUGGCUGUUGUGGAACAUCUUAAAGUUGAUCCAGCAAGCUGUAUAUUCGUUGAUGACAGGAUAAAAAACGUUGAGGCUGCUGUAGGAGUUGGCAUUACUGGUCUUCAAUUCAAGAACUCAGAUUUACUACGUCAAGAUCUUCUACGGUUGGGGGUUGACAUUGCAAUAGAUGCACAGUGAGGAUCAGCUUAAGGCUGCAGAAUGAACAGACAUUGUGACCUCCAAACUUGCUUUAAACUAUAUUUACAUUUUGUCCAUUUUUGCUCUUCUGCCUUCUUAAAAUUUAUCCAUCACCCUUAUCUCUUGCAUACAUACAUAUCAAAAUAUUUCAUUCUUUUUAUCAAGUAUCCUUUGAAUAAAUGUACGAUAUUGUGAUUUCAAAA